CCAUGGACGAGGCGGAGCGGCGGGCCCUGCGGCGGUGCCGGGUGCGGCUGGUCCGCGAGCUGCAGGUGGCCGCGCUCUGGGACGCCCUGCUGAGCCGCGAGCUCUUCACGGCCGCCAUGGUCGAGGACUUGCAGCAUGCAGGCUCGGGGUCUCGGAGCGACCAGGCCAGGCAGCUGGUCAUAGAUCUAGAGACCCGAGGGAGUCAGGCCCUUUCUUUGUUCAUAUCCUGCUUGGAGGACACAGGCCAGGAUGCGCUGGCUUCGUGCCUGAGAAUGAGUCGGCAAGCAGUAAAGCAGAAUCCAGAGGCCACCAGACCCCUGGACCUCAUGCCUGUGGUGCUUGGACCAACGAGACUCACACCAGAGGAUCUCAGAGGGAAGGAUCCGUCAAAGCUGACUCCAGGAAAACUCGCUCCGGUGGUGCUGGGGCCAGCUGAGCUCCAGCCACAGGUUGUCAGACCAUCGGUGCCCAGGCCAACGGACAAUGGUUCUGGACGAUUCAGUGACGUCUGUGUUCAGGAGAUUUCCAAGGGAAAUGGUGAUUUGGCGUACGCCCUGAACGCAGAACCCUGCGGCUACUGCCUCAUCAUCAACAACGUGAACUUCUGCCCCGAGUCAAGGCUCACGGCCCGCGGCGGCUCCAAUAUCGACUGCGAGAAGCUGCAGCGACGCUUCUGUCUGCUGCGGUUCACGGUGGAGGUGAAGUGGGACCUGACGGCCAAGCAAAUGGUCCAGGCUUUGGUGGAGCUGGCGCGGCGGGACCACAGCGCUCUGGACUGCUGCGUGGUGGUCGUCCUGUCCCACGGCUGUGAGGCCAGCCACCGCCAGUUCCCAGGGGCCGUUUAUGGCACAGAUGGAUGUCCUGUGUCCAUUGAGAAAAUUGUGAACAUCUUCAAUGGAACUGGCUGCCCCAGCUUGGGAGGGAAGCCCAAGCUCUUCUUUAUCCAGGCCUGUGGUGGGGAGCAGAAAGACCAUGGGUUUGCGGUGGCCUCCGCUUCCCCUGAAGACAGGAGCCCUGGCAGUGACUCUGAGCCAGACGCUGUCCCGUUCCAGGAAGGCCCAGGCCCCUUUGACCAGCUGGACGCCGUGUCUAGUUUGCCCACUCCCAGUGAUAUCUUUGUAUCCUAUUCCACCUUCCCAGGCUUUGUUUCCUGGAGAAAUACCAAGAGCGGCUCCUGGUACGUGGAGACCUUGGAUGGUGUUUUUGAGCAGUGGGCUCACGCUGAAGACCUGCAGACCCUCCUGCUCAGGGUCGCUAAUGCUGUUUCGCAGAAAGGAGUUUACAAACAGAUUCCCGGUUGUUUCAAUUUCCUCCGGAAAAAACUCUAUUUUAAAAUGUAAUGAGGCCCCUCACC